AUGCCCCGCUUACUCAUCAACGGAAAAUCCAUCUUCUAUUUCGACGACCCGCAACUCGAGGGAGGAGCCGCGAAGCAAACCGCCACUCUUUUUAUCCACGGCCUCGGAUCAUCGUCCUGCAUCUAUAAACCCGUGACGCCUCAUCUCACGCAAAUCACGAGAUGCAUUGCGCUUGAUACUCCCGGAUCCGGGCUCUCCCAUCUCGGAUCUUCGCCCCAGAGCGUGGGUACCAUUGCUGAAGAUGCGGUCGCGCUGCUUGAUUUUCUGGAGGUAAAGGAUAAGGUGGUGGUGGUGGGGCAUUCGAUGGGGUGCAUCGUGGCGAGUUAUAUCGCGGCUACGUUUCCAGAUCGCGUGAAAGGGGUUGUGUUGAUGGGGCCGGUAAAUCCAUCACCGGCACUGACAGAGGUGUUUGAGCAGAGGAUUAACGUUGUUCAAAAUGUUGAAUGGCAGAUAUUGACUGCAGCAGAUGGCAUCGAAUAUUUCGCAAACACCAUUCCCACGAGCGCCACAGGACCUAACACCACAUCUCUUCAGCAUGCUUUUAUUCGCGCCUUGAUAAUUGGCACCUCUCCCGAAGGAUAUAUUUCGCUAUGUCGGGUUAUUGCGGAAGCCAAACCGCCAAGAUAUGAUUUGAUCAAAGUCCCACUGGAAAUUCUUGUCGGCGAACACGAUAAAACUGCACCUCGGGAAAUCUCGGAGACUAUUAUGGGAGCUUAUGGGACGCAGAACAAUAACAAGUCCAUCGACGUUCUUGCAAAUGUUGGGCAUUGGUAUUGCGUUGAAAACCCUGAGAGGGUUCAGAGUCUGGUUACCAAUUUCAUUAAGAAACGUGACUGA